AGAAGAAGACUCUACAGCGCACCACAGUGGGCAGGUCUGGUCUCCGCCUCUCUGUGCGUUGCUGACACUACACCACGCCGUGCUUCUUCCACUCAGCACUUACUGAAGCUGCAGCGAUGUUUUCCUGCAGAGCGGCCUGGCAGCGGUGUGGGCCUCUGGCUCGGACAGCGGCCUACAGGCUGCCACUGGACGGUGUGCAGCGGCGGCCAAUGUCGUCAGUCCCUGGAGGCUCUGGGCAGAACAUCCUGUACACGGUGCUGUGUGGUGGAGUUCUGGUCGGCACUCUGUCAUAUGGAUAUAAGACUGUGACCUCAGAUCGCGAUCGGUAUAAUGACCGCAUCAGUCAACUCAGAGCCAGACCCAAGGCUGAAUGGACCCCUAAACCCUGGCCACCUAAAGGCAAAGAUACAGAUGAAGACGGAGAGGCUGACGCUGGGGAAGAGGAAGCUGCUGCUGCUACUGCUGCUGAUGAGGCAGAAACCAUAGUGGAGGAAGCAGCUGAGGCAGUUUCAGAGGCCGCCGAGGCAGUUUCAGAGGCCGCCGAGGCAGUCGCCCAGGUGGCACAGGAAGUGGAGGCAGCUGCAGAGGAAGUAGCCAAAGUGGCUGAGGCAGUGGAAGAGGCUGCUCAGGCUGUGGCCGAACCUGCCGCUGUCAGCGCAGAGGAGACGCAAAGCGAUGUGCCACUAGCAGCUGCCUCUGCAUUAGAGUUACUGAAGAAAGCCGAAGGAAAAGAUGACUUUGCAUCCAACGAUCAAGAACCCCUACCACCAGAAGUGGAAACACCUGCUGAAAAAGUGACCCCUACUGUUACAGAGGUCUCGACAUCAGAUGGAGAUACUUCAGUCAAAGCUGUAGCAGUUAGUGAGAUUGUUGCACCAGAGGAAGAUGGAAAAGUUUCUGGAACUGUAGAAGUAGCACCAGCCACAGAGUCUCCUAUACCACUAGAGGUAGUGUCAAUAGAAGAAUCAGCAGAAGUUGCGCCAGUUGCUGAGGUGCUCCCUACACCAGCAGAGGUUGCACCAGUUGUUGAGGAGGUCCCUGUACCCAUAGAGCUUUCAGCAGUUGCCGUGGAGGCCCCUCCAACCAUUGAGGUUGCAGCAGUUGUCGAGGAGACUUUGACACCAGCAGAAGUUGCACCAGUUGUUGAGGAGGUCCCUGUACCCAUAGAGUUUUCAGCAGUUUUUGAGGAGGCUCCUCUAGCUGUAGAAGUUGCAUCAAUUGUCGAUGAGGCUCCUGCACUUGUAGAGGUUGCGCCAGUUGUUGAAGAGACUUCAACACCAGCAGAGGUUGCUGCAAUUGUUGAGGAUACUCUUGUACACGUAGAAGUUGCACCAGUUGUCGAGGAGGCCCCUGCACCCAUAGAGGUUGAGGUAGUUGCCAUGGAGGCCCAUGCACCCAUAGAGACUGCAGCAGUUGUCGAGAAGACUUUGAUACCAGCAGAGGUUGCGCCAAUUGUUGAGACUUCAAAACUAGCAGAGGUUGAGGCAGUUGUCGAGGAGGCCCCUGUAGCCAUAGAAGUUGCACCAGUUGUCGAUGAGGGCCCUGCACUCAUCGAGGUUGUGUCAGUUGUUGAGGAGACUUUGACACCAGCAGAGGUUGCACCGGUUGUCGAGGAGGCCCCUGCACCCACAGAGGUUGCUCCAGUCAUGCAGGAAACUCCAGCAGGAGUAGAUUCUAGCAAAGAAUACAUUGUUGUUGUCCUGGAAGGAACACCCAAAGAAGAGAAAAGACUCAAGGUCCUAGGAGUUGGCCCUAUGACCGGUAGAACAAUCCCUGCUCCAGAAGAUGACAGUACCCCUGCCUCUGAGGGUAGGCGACGUCGUCUUAGGAUUCAAAUGCAGUAGUAUCCAACAAAGUAAAGCAGUCCUAAAUGAUGAUUUUCAGUCCUCCACUAGAAGACGGAGGAUGUGCCUUUCUCCUACACUUCAUCCUUCAGCUCUGAAAUACAAAGGGAGUAACUGGUUACGCAUUACUGACAUGGUACAGUGUUUAGAUCACCAGCUGCUUUAUUGAGCCCACAUAGCCCAUUACUGUGAAACGUCACAUGUGUAACAGUUGCAUUGUAGCCAGAUUGUUUUGGGAAUAUAGUUUUUGUUGUGUUGUUAGGAACAUUUAUUGUCUCCUCUGUGAACUACAAUCUGUUUACAGCUUUUGACUAAACUGAGCCUUUCAAACAUCCCAAAGCUUUUAUUGUUACACGUUAAAGCUUUAACGACCACUCCAGUGGAAUAUGUUGACAUUGAGCAUCUCCAAACAUUGCCCCGCUGCCACAGUAUUAGCUCUCACAGCGAGGAGCAUUCAGAUCCACCAGCAUCACGUUAUAGAAACCAGCCUCAGGCUUUUUUCUCUGGUGCUUCUGGUUCCAGGUGGAAUCACUCUGACUGUACUUUAUGUUUAUGAACAAACACAUGAACCCAUGAGUAUGACCUUCUACCUCACUGUUUCCCUCAUGUUCAUCAUUUUAAAACAAGCCCUUACAGCUCUGUGCAAUCCAAUCAGUGUUAGGUUUCUUGCUCUGCAACAUAGCACUUAAACCAUUACCUUCACAAUGGUCCCAUUAAAUUGUAAUGGGGUCAUUUUUAAAAACACUCCAAGGAAAUUAUGUGAAAAAAGAAUAAUCAGCACCAGGUACCUGAUGUUAUAGACAUAGAUUAAGAUUGAAAAAGGAAACCAGUAAGGGAACUGUAACUAUAGUCAGUAUCAUCUCUAAUUUACACAUAUUGGAAUCAUCAUUGAAUCACUGAGUUAAAUGGGGAAAUAAAGCAGCAUCCUGUUCUUUCACUCUUUGUGUUUAUAUCCUGUCUUGUUUUUCUAUUUUUCUAGAGUUAACCCUGUAUUUAAGUGGACCUUAAAGGCUUCCAGCAUGUACAAACAUGUGGCAAACUGUAUGUUAAGGGAUUCUGAUUUUUAAUGUGCCAAUGUUUCAGUAUGUCUGAAAGAAGGCCUCCAGUGUGAAAAGCUUUGACAACUCUGUUGUGGUUUUCCUUCCUUCAGAUUUUUCUUCCUCUUUGUGAAUUUCUUUAUUUCAUAGGGCAGCAGGGAUCACUGAAGCUGAACUGAUAGAAUAGAUGUUUUUAAAUGGGAUGUUACACACUGUCCUCUAUGCUUUCAGUUGGCUUUCUCUAUUAGACUCUAAAUGGUUGCCAUUAAAUAGCAGAUACUGUGAAAAUGUACUCUUGUUUUUCAAAAUAAAGAAUUUGAAAACAGAA